AUGUAUCUACACAACUGGAGUAUUCUCCAUAAUAUCCACCUCAAAAGCGGUGGCUUCCGUGGUGGUGGUGACCGUGGCGGCCGCGGUGGUGGUCGCGGCGGUGGCCGUGGUGGCCGUGGUGCUCCCCGUGGUCGUGGUGGCCGCGGCGGUGGCCGUGGUGGUGCCGCUGGUGCCAAGGGCGGUGCUAAGGUCGUCAUUGAGCCCCACCGUCACGGCGGUGUCUUUGUUGCCCACGGUGGUAAGGAGGAUCUGCUGGUCACCAAGAAUUUGACCCCCGGCGAGGCCGUGUAUGGCGAGAAGCGCAUCUCCGUCGAGGGCCCUGCCGGCGAUGACGGUGCUGUUACCAAGAUCGAGUACCGUGUGUGGAACCCCUUCCGUUCCAAGCUGGCUGCCGGUAUCCUGGGUGGUCUCGACAACAUCUACAUGAAGCCUGGCAGCAAGGUCCUCUACAUUGGUGGUGCCAGCGGAACUUCUGUCUCUCACGUCGCUGAUAUUGUUGGUCCUACCGGUAACGUCUACGCCGUUGAGUUCUCUCACCGCUCCGGUCGUGACCUGAUUGGCAUGGCCACCCACCGUACCAACGUAAUUCCCAUUGUUGAGGACGCUCGUCACCCCCUCCGUUACCGCAUGCUCAUCCCCAUGGUCGAUGUCAUCUUCGCCGAUGUUGCCCAGCCCGACCAGGCCCGCAUCGUCGGCCUGAAUGCCCACAUGUUCCUGAAGGACCAGGGUGGUGUCCUUGUCUCCAUCAAGGCCAACUGUAUCGACAGUACCGCUGCCCCCGACGUUGUGUUCGCCAGUGAGAUCCAGAAGAUGCGUGGCGAGAAGAUCAAGCCCAAGGAGCAACUGACUCUGGAGCCCUUCGAGCGUGAUCACUGCAUUGUCGGCGCCGUCUACAACCGCUCCUCAUAA